AUGGCCACUUUUCGCUAUCCAGAGCCAGCCAAUGCUGGAGGGCUUUCGUACGCCCCUGGCUCCGAGGAACGGAAGAUAUUGACGGCUGCUUUGGCCGAGAUGGAAAGGUCGACCACCCAAGUUCCUAGUAUCAUCAACGGUGAACGAAUCUAUACCGGCCGCAAGAGCUCACAAGUCAACCCUUGGAACCGAAACGGGCCUUCAUUGGCAGAAUACCACGAAGUCGACCGAGACACUGUCGAGAAGAAAGCCAUCCCUGGUGCUCUCGCAGCGAGGAAGGAAUGGGCCAACAUGCCCUUCAACCAGCGCGCAGCCAUUUACAAGCGCGCAGCUAAGCUUGUGGAGACCAAGUACAGAUGGAAGCUCAUGGCGGCCACCAUGAUCGGACAAGGCAAGACGUGCGGGCAAGCUGAAGGCGACUGUAUCUCUGAGGUUAUUGACACGCUCAACUUCCAUGUCUACUUCUGCCAUCAGCUUUACCAGCAGCAGCCGCAGAAGCAAACCGACUCAGCAUACAGCAGCCUCGACUACCGACCGUUGGAGGGCUUCCUGCUUGCGAUCUCGCCCUUCAACUUUACUGCUCUGGGCGCACACAUUGCUUUUACGCCAGCCAUUCUGGGAAAUGUGGUGCUUUGGAAGCCAUCCCCCAUGGCUGUCUUGUCCAACUACCUUCUCUAUCAAGUCAUGGAGGAGGCUGGAAUGCCAAACGGUGUCAUUCAGUUUUUGCCUAUGGAAGACCCCAGGAUCGUCGUUGAGCCCGCGUUUGCUAGCCGUGACUUCUCUGGCCUUCACUACACCGGCUCCUCAGCAGUCUUGAGGAGUUUGGCCUCCGAGAUUGGCGUGAACACAACCAUUUACAGGACGUUUCCCCGCAUCGUGGGAGAGAGCGGUGGCAAGAAUUUCCACCUCGUCCACAACUCUUGCAAGGACGAUGUUGAUUGGCUCGCAUCGGCCGCGGUGCGCUCGGCUUACGAGUACCAGGGACAAAAGUGCAGUGCCUUGUCACGCUUUUUUAUUCCCAAGUCGAUGUGGGAGCAGGGCGACUUGAAGAAGGCGUUGCUGAGAGAAGCAGCCAAGAUGACUCACGGAGAUGAUGUCAAGCAACUCCACCAUCCACUAGGACCUAUCAUCUCUAAAUCCGCCUUUGAACGUUUUGGCGAGUUCUUGGAGCGUGCCCAGAGGGAUGGUCAUCAGCUGAUCUUCGGCGGCAAGCAAGAUAGCACCAAGGGAUUCUUCCUUCAGCCUGCCAUUUUGGAGGUCAACCAAGCUGACAAGAGUGCCGAGAGUGACCUCAUGACCAGGGAGCUUUUUGGGCCGUUGUUUGCAGUUCAAACUUACGAUGAUGCUUCACCGGCAGGCUUCGAAGAUGUGUGCGAUCUCAUUGAUAGGACCACCGAAUACGGCUUGGCAGGCUCCGUCUUUGCUCGCGAUAGGGAUGCUGUCCAGGUUGCCAACGAGAGACUAAGAGACUCAGUUGGUAUGUUUUGCAUCAAUGACAAAUGUACAGGAGCGGUCAUCGGUGCGAAUCCGUUUGGAGGAGCUAGGUCUUCUGGUACAAACGACAAAGCAAACUCGGUCAAUGUGCUCCUCAGGUUUUCGAGCAUCCGGUGUGUCAAGGAUUCUUUUGAGAGCGGGAGCAGUACAUUGAGUGCUUGCCAUAUUCCUGAGUAA